AGAGGGUGCGCGGCUGCUGAAAAGAGUCCCAUGUUUGGGCUGUGGGAAAAUAUAGGUGAGAGCUCUUUCUCCGUUCCCAGCUCUGCUGUUGGGUGGGGAUUGCAUUGCCUCUCUGUCUGUGUGACAGAGAAUCCCCAUCCUCUUAUGACCCAGUGAAAGGAUACGUGUGCUACAUUCCCUUUCCUUGAGCCCUGGGUCAGUGUCUAGUGCCAGGGUGCCUGGUCCCUUUGUCCUGGAGUGGAGCUUAGCAAAGGGAAAUGCAACGAGGAGUUUAUCAGAUGGAAUUUCAGAUUAGAAUUAUCUUUUUUUUUUUUUCCUCCCUGGAUAGUCAAACUGUAUGUUAGGAGUCUGAAGAGAAUGUAGGAUCUCCAUCCUGGGAGAUAAACAACUCUUUAACUGUGCACAGCCUUCAGAUUCCUGAUCAGAGUGGGGGGGAUGGAUCAGUGACAUCAAAACAUCCCUUUGAAAUAAUACAACACCCAUCACAGACUCUUUAAUUAGGGAGGAAGUUGCAACACAGCAUUCUGUUUGGUGUGCAUGAGAUCAUCUGUGUGUCACUUUAACUUCUGACACAGUCUACAGCCCAGGAAGUGUCCACACUGGGGUUGAGGGACAACUUGGGACAGAAGAUGGGGCUCUUAGGUGCUCCCUUCUAGGACUUGGGGUGGAGAAACUUGUAAGCCAGAGGUAAAUGAUGACAGAGCCUCAUGUCUAUCAGAGUUGCAGUAGCAUCUCUCUGGUCUGGGAUUGCAGCUCAGACAUACCCUGGGUUGUUGCUCCCAGGCUGCUGACCCCUGCCUGAUCUCCUGUUAGUUUGUUCUCAGUGGCUCUAAGGGAAGUUGCUGGUGCUGGUGGCAGGCAUCACAGGGCACUGUUCCUGUUCUGCAUUGUGUGAACCUCAGCAGGCAUGAGACUUCAGCAUUUGUUGCCAAAUUUUUGGCUAUUUAUCUUUUAAUUUCUGGCUGUUAUUCACAGCUUGUAGGAGCUCUUAAUGCUACCCUGAAGCUGAUUGCACACCCAUCUGUCUCUCCACUUGUAAAACAUCCUUCCCUCAUCUUUGUUCCUAAAGCCUUAACACGUGUGUGUGCAGCUGCUUGUAGUUGUGAAGUCCUUGGGUGCUGAGCUGCUUGUGUGCUCCGUAGUGGAGCAGCCCUGGAAGUGCUGAUUGCUGUACGUGCAGCCUGGCAGCUUCUUGUCUCCUCUGCAGGGCUCUGCUGUGGGGACCCUGGGGUGGUGACCCUGAGCACAGUGGCUCUCCUGGCAGUGCUGUGGAAGUGUACAUGUUUCCUGGCAGCAUCAGCAGGCCCUGGUUGUGCAGGGGGAGCCUUGGUGGCUCUGUGCAGUAUCAAAAUAUGGAGUAAACUUGAGACACCACCACCUCUGUGGUAGUUAAGUCUUGGCACUCUGCUUGCUUUUUACUGCUUUUGUUUUAUUUUUUGGCAUCUAAGGUAUUAGGUCCACGUUUUCAUGUGGCCUCCCUUAGGAUUGGAGAAUCUGUUGUAGCUUCAUGGACGUCACCCAGUCCUAAAAACUCUUUGUUUGUUGUUUAACAGCAGUGAGCUGGCAGAGGACCAAAAGCAGGGGAAAAAAACACCCAAAACAGAACCUUCUGGGCACCUGUCAAGCAGGUCAGCCCUACCUGCUGUGCCAGGUAGCAAAAGCACAUCCCACAGCACGAGGCUGGGAUAACUGUUGUGAAAAUAAGCCUUCAGUCAUCUGUUUCAAUUUCUAAAAUGCUACCAUGGAUAUUUAUCUCCCAAACUUGUUCGCUUGUUCUUGCUAUGAAUCAGUCUUAUUCUUUUCCACAGGAAGCUGUUUUGCAGAACCCAGUCAUUUUCCUGCAAUUACCAUAUUUGUAGAUCACUCUCUUACAGAAGAGUUUGCUGCUAAAAAUCUGUGCUCGCUUCUCUACAGAAAGGCCUGGCAGGCCAUCUGCAGCUUGAAGGAAGCUGCAAUUAUUGUCCUGACAGCAUCGCUUGUGCAAGCUGUGACAGUACCCUGCCUCUCACAUAUACUUGGUCUAGGGACAUGCAGAGAGUCAGCGAGGUGAAAGGAAUUUGUUGAGGCGUGCACAGAGGUAAUGUCCACCUGAAGUCUGUUUCUGUUAUACUUGACCCCUGAUUUCCCCAGUCCCAGUUUUGUUGCUCUCUGUAGCCUCCUAGCAUUCGGCAUCAUGAUGUAAUCGUUCAGAUUCACUUGGACCCGUUUAGUCUGGCAUCCUUGUCUCUGUGGCAGCAGUUGUGGGUUUGAGUUACGAGCAGGGAAGUUUCCAGCUCUUUCCUCUUUAAGCUCUUGCAUGUGGGAGUGCUUUUUGGAGGCAGUGGGCUGGUGAAACUGCUGAUGCUUAGUGCUUCCCCGGUGUUGCGCUUGCAUGCAGGAAGAAGGUUUGUGCCUAGGAGGAUGUGACAGCUGGUGGAUUCCCAGCUGGUCGCUGCGGCUGCCACAAAGCUCAGUGCACGCAUGUUCCUUCCCUGCCUUCCUGCGGCACCCCUCCAAAUGGGAGCAGUGGCAGGGAGGGGAGGCCAGUCCUAGCAGCUCUCUCUAAGUAGGGAAGACAUGCCAAGUAGAGCGGAAACGUGCUGGUAGAGGCCUGAGCCGCAGCACCCCCUGAGCUGCGGGGAAGGCAGCAGGAGGAACCAGGAGCUGGGUGCUCCAGCUCCCCAGGAACUUGCUGGAAAAGCUUGCUUUCUCCUAGUCUGGAACCUCUCCUUCCAAAGGCAAAUGCUGGUGUAUCUGCUCCUCUCUGCAGGAGCCUCUGAGUGUGUUUUCAUCCCGCAUAAAGGACACUGCAUGCUCUUUACUGAACGUGUGGGAGUAGGAAGAGUGCUUAUACAGCAGCCUCAGCCUGCCUGACCUUGGCGUCGGUUGCCAUAGAGUGUGUUUCCUCUCUGAGGGCUAUGCAUACUGUGUGGACCCACCAGCCCUCUGGAGAGUGAGAAAUAAGGCUCUGUAGGGAAGAGUCCACACUUCAGAGGGAUAAUAAGUCAUCUUCCACCAGUGUUUGUGGGUUUUCUUUCCUGCAUGAAAGGUAGCAGUAUUUAAGUGGCUUCCUUGCAGCUCUCUCUUGUUGGUAUUUGGUAGCAUGCAGCCCCUGUGCAGUUCUCAGGUCUUGCACCUCCCAGGCAGCCCACUCUCCACCCUAGAACAGGAGGCUGGAGCUGAGUGCUAAGUGUGUUGUACCUAGCAGGGCUGUGCUUCUGGGACAUCAGCUUCAAGGAGAAAGUCGGGGUCUGCAGAGGUGUUCAACAGUCAGUCACUGAAGAGGAAUUGACAGUAAUAUGCCUUGAGGAUCUGUAGUCCUGGGAUAGAAGUCUGUUGGUCCUGGGGACUGUGGAAUGCUCUCACCUUUUCCCUUCUGGAAGGGCUGAAGAAACAGGAUGUUGCUGAAAUAGGCACUGGUGUUUUAACACACAGCUCAGCAGUUUCUCACCUGAUUAGUAGUUGUGUGCACAGUGGAAUUAAUGAGGCUGAUUUCCUGUGGAUCUGGGUCUUGUCUCACUGUUAUCUAGCAAGGUGCAAGCUCUGGUGGCUUUCUGUCCUGGUCCAUAACACGUACCUCUCCCCAGUGCUGAGGUAUUGUACUCCAUAAAGAUGGUGGCAAGAGCUCAGACCUUCUCUAAAGGGAUGCAGCAGUGCUUCCUGGAAACUGUCAGCAUUUCAUGGCUAACCCAGUACACAGGGACAGAUGAAUCAUUCAAUCACUCCAUCAGACGUCUUAUGAAAAAAUGGGAAAGAACAUAACUAGUUGAAUUUUGGGCUAGAUGGGAUUAUCCCGGAAUGGGCAGCUGAGCAAUUUGGAAGUCAGGAUUUAGGUGGUGGUCAGUUCUCAACAGACUUCUUGGCAACAGUCUGUGCCCAGUGUUUCUGCCCUGCUGAAGUUUGCUAAGGUCUCUGCUGGGUGUUGAGAGUUUGCACUUCUGCAGGGAUGUGCAUGACUGGAAUAGGAGACAGAGAAGAGAGUUCAGUCUGUAAUACAGCUUGAGGAACUUUUGGAGUGGUGGUGAGGAGGAGACUGGACCCCUCUAUUGCUCAGGGCACAGACUAACAGCUGAGCUGGGGAUCCUCCUGGGCACAGUGUGCAGCUGAGGAGGAGAGGAGCCCUGCCAAGAAGCAAAGUGCUGCUCUGCCUGGGGCAGCAUUUCUGCUCAUGCUGUAAACCUAGGCACCCUAGAGCUCAAAUAGUGCAGGAAGACAAAAGACCCUUGUGCAAGGGUGAUAGCUUGCUACUUUUCUGCUAUGCAUCUGGGAAGAGUGGGGGGGGGGGAAAAAAGGGAAGGAGUAGAAGGUUGUGCCAACCUGAAGUGUCCUUGAGUUGGCAGCAGGGUGAAGAAGGUUGGAAGAGCCAUUACUGUUUGAAGCUGACACCCACACAAGGAUUAUAGUGGUGGAAGUCUAACAGUUCCUGCAUGUAAACUUUCCCACAAAGAUGGGAUUCAAUUAAUGCCGGUGGUGUUACAUCCCUUACUGCUGCUGGGGCCGUUCUGUGCCUGACCUGCGAUUUUCAGGGCAUAUGCUUUUUGUCAAGGAAUUCUUGUUGGCCUGGUAAAGUGACUGGUGCCUCCCUGCUUGCAAGAUGAUCUUCCAGGAGAUUUGCCAUUGAGGCUGCAGGACCAGGACUAUGUCCACCAUGGUGUACCCAAGGGAGGAGAAACUGGACAAACUGAGCCAAGAGGAGAUAAUUUCCAACACCAAGCUGGUGAUGCAGGGGCUGGAGGCUCUCAAGAAUGAACACAACUCCAUUCUGCACAGCUUGCUGGAGACCAUCAAGUGUCUGAAGAAGGAUGAAGAAGCCAACCUGGUGCAUGAGAAAUCCAACCUGCUCCGCAAGUCAGUGGAGAUGAUUGAACUGGGGCUUGGAGAAGCUCAGGUGAUGAUGGCACUGUCCAACCAUCUGAAUGCGGUGGAGUCAGAGAAGCAGAAGUUGCGUGCUCAGGUACGGAGACUGUGCCAGGAGAACCAGUGGCUGCGUGAUGAGCUUGCCAACACCCAGCAGAAGCUGCAGCGCAGUGAACAAACUGUGGCUCAGCUGGAGGAGGAGAAGAAACACCUUGAGUUCAUGAACCAGCUGAAGAAGUAUGAUGAGGAUGUCUCUCCUUCGGAGGAGAAGGAAGGUGACUCCACCAAGGACUCCCUGGAUGAUCUGUUUCCAAACGAGGAGGAGGAACAUGGUCCUGGAUUGCCCCACCAGCAUAGCAGUGCAGUAGCAGCUGCCCAGCAAGGAGGCUAUGAGAUUCCUGCACGCUUGCGCACCCUCCACAACCUUGUCAUCCAGUAUGCUUCACAAGGACGCUACGAGGUGGCUGUGCCGCUCUGCAAGCAGGCACUGGAGGACCUGGAGAAGACAUCAGGCCAUGAUCACCCUGAUGUGGCCACCAUGCUCAACAUCCUGGCACUAGUGUACAGGGAUCAGAAUAAAUACAAGGAGGCAGCGCACCUCUUGAAUGAUGCUCUAUCCAUCCGUGAGAAGACCCUGGGUAAAGACCACCCAGCAGUGGCUGCAACUUUGAACAAUCUGGCUGUUCUCUAUGGCAAGAGAGGGAAGUACAAAGAAGCAGAGCCACUCUGUAAGCGAGCCCUGGAGAUCCGUGAGAAGGUCCUAGGCAAAGACCAUCCUGAUGUGGCCAAGCAACUGAACAAUCUGGCCCUGCUGUGCCAGAACCAAGGCAAAUACGAGGAGGUGGAGUACUAUUACUGCAGGGCCCUGGAGAUCUAUGAGAGCUGCUUGGGUCCUGAUGAUCCCAACGUAGCCAAGACCAAGAACAACCUGGCCUCCUGUUACUUGAAGCAAGGCAAAUACAAAGAUGCAGAGGUGCUGUACAAAGAGAUCCUUACCCGUGCUCAUGUGAAGGAGUUUGGCUCUGUGGAUGGUGAACACAAGCCAAUCUGGAUGCAUGCAGAGGAGAGAGAGGAGAUGAGCAAGAGCAAGCACAGAGACAGUGCUCCCUAUGCCGAGUAUGGUGGCUGGUACAAGGCCUGCAAGGUUAGCAGCCCAACUGUGAACACCACUCUGAGGAACCUGGGUGCGCUGUACCGGCGCCAGGGCAAGCUUGAGGCGGCGGAGACCUUGGAGGAGUGUGCAGUUCGCUCUCGGCGGCAGGGCAUUGACCCAAUCAACCAGACGAAGGUGGUGGAGAUCCUGAAGGAGGGUGAUGGCACUGAGAGACGUCGGAGCCUGGGUGGCAGCGUCAAGUACGAGAAUGCCACAGACGGUAGCGAGGAAGUGAGUAUGGGCGUGGAAUGGAGCGGGGACGGCAGCGGUACCCUCCAGCGCAGCAGCUCCCUGGGGAAAAUCCGGGAGGUGAUCCGGCGGAGCAGCGAGAUGUUGGUCAAGAAGCUGCAGGGCAACGGGCCCCUGGAGCCCAGGAACACGAGCAUGAAGCGAGCUGCCUCGCUAAAUUACCUGCACAAGUCUAGCGAUGCUUCGUUCGAGGGUACCCAAGGGCUCCGCGCAGAGAGCAGAGGCCUCAGCGCCAGCAGCAUGGAUCUCUCCUCCCACAGCUCCCUGCUCGCUUCCAACUGAGCGCCCGCGGCCGCUCGCCACAGCUUCGCGCUGCGUGGGGCAGCGCCCGGCCCCCUCCCCACCUCCACCGCUCUGUUCUCCUCACCGCGGGCUCUCGGGCCGCCCUCUGCCGCCCCACCCCGGGCCGGGGGGGCUGCGAGGAGCCCCUAGCUAGUUUGGGAACCGCAGCCCGCCCGGGCGCUCCCGGCCUGAGCGAGCCGGGGCCGGCUGCGGGGGCCGGGCGGGCAGGGGGCCGCAGCCCAGCACCGACUCACGGGGCCGCACCGGGAGUACCGCCGCGCACCCCCACCGCCCGGACCGCCGCAGCGCCCCCUAUCGCCCGGAGCGCGGCACCGCCCGGCAUCGCCCACCCGGGGGCGCGGGAGGGGGCGGGGGGGAGCACAGCCCCGCCGCGUUCCCGGCUCCCCUCGGCUGCUGUAUGUUAUUUUAUGAAAUAAAGCCACGACCCUCCCCGUGA